AUGGCGUUUUACACCGACAACGAUCCCGUCAUUUGCAGAGCUUUCUCCUUAUCUCUUAAGGAUGAUGCCUUAGAGUGGUUCCACACUCUUCCACGGAACUCAAUAGAUUGUUUUUCAAAUAUUGAGACUCUGUUCCGAAAACAGUAUGUAACCAAUAAAAAACCGAAGAUGACGGCUGCCGAACUGGUUAAUACCAAGCAGGAGAAGGAUGAGACGUUAAGGGCGUUCAUGCAACGGUACAAUGAAACUGCCCGGCGUGUGAAAAAUAUCAAUCACACCUUCAUUAUCAGCAAUCUACCUUCAUGUUUAAAGCCGGGACAUUUCGCAGAACAACUGUAUGCCGAUCCUCCCGCAUCUUUAGAAGAACUGCAAUCUACAAUUGCGAAGUUCAUCCGCAUUGAAGAUCUCCGGAAUUCUCGGAAGAAGCAGCAACAAGACACCUCCAAUCAUGACAUCAAGAAACCCUUGAAACGACCAAUCAACGAUUAUAAACCGGACCGAGCACCUCGAAAAGAACUGGGAUGGAUAUCAAAAUAUGAUCAUUACACCACCCUUAACGCACCAAGGGCGAAGGUGCUCGAAGAGGCUUUACAUGCCGAACUCUUAACCGUACAACGAAAGGCUACCCCAAAAAAUGCAGAUAAUAGUAAAGCCUGCCUAUUCCACAUGAAUCAUGGGCACGACACUGAGGAAUGCAAUAUGGUGAAGGACGAACUGGAACGGCUUAUCCGAGCAGGAUACCUCCAAAAUUACAUUAAAGACAGAAUCUCCACCAGAGCCACCGCUUCCCCUCGAAAAGAUCCUUUUCGACAAGGCCCCGAGCGAUCACCUCCCAGGGUCGAGCGACGUCGCAGGAGAUCACGUAGCCCGCCUCGACGGGCAGAACGGGAACGUUCAGUCCAAGGUCGGAUCGACAACAUAUCUGGUGGUUUCGCCGGGGGGGAGCAUCUUCUUCAGCCAGGAAAUGCAGUUUGA